UUGUAGGCGAUUUAAAAGCAGUCGCCUCGCGGCUUCAUCCAUCAUCAUGUAGUAGUCUUUUUACAGCUCAGCCAGCUCUUGAUAGUGUAGCAUCUUUCGAAAUGGCUUACCUCUGCAAACUUGCUGCCGUUGUGGCCUUUGUCCUUGCGACUCCGGCUGCUGCUAUCAGCCCUAAUGCCAUUUAUGACGGAGGAAUCAAGGGCAACAAUGGCUCGAUCCAGCUGGCCAUUGGUAACGGUGGUGCUGGCCAAAGCGGUUUGAUCAAGGCCCUCGCGGAUGCCUACAUCAAGGAUACCGUCUCCAAUGGCACGAAGCCCUUCCGCGUGGCGUGGUACACGAGUGACACCACCUACAGCAUCGAAUAUCUCCAGUCUGGCCUCAUUGAUGUUGGCAUCACCUACAGCCCGGCAGCAGAGAAGAUUGCCAUCGACCAGGGCAUCGCUCUGUCUCCGAGCUACUAUGCUUUCCGGGACCAUUUCCUCCUCGUUGGUCCCAAGUCCAACCCUGCCAACAUCUCCAAGUCGAUGGACAUCUUCACCAUGUUCUCUCAGAUCCACACGGUGGCUGAGAAUGAGCAGACUACACCACCGGUCCGCUUCCUGAGCCGUUAUGACAAGUCUGCCACCAAUAUCAAGGACUCCCUGCUGUGGGUUAGCAUCGGCCAGGUUCCCUGGGCUACUGCUUACUCUACCUGGUACCAUCAAUACAUCGCUUUCCCGAUCCAGGCUCUCACGGCUGCCAUUCUUCUCGAUGAAUACACCAUCACUGACAGAGGCACCAUUCUGUCUCUGGAUGCCAAGCUCCGCAACCAGACUGUCAUUUACAAGGCUGGUUCAGACAAUGCCGACGAUGCUCUUCUGAACCCUGCUCACCUCCUUGUUGGAAAGAAGGCGCCUCACCCCAAGGUGGCCAGUGACUUCGCCAAGUGGGUGGUUGGCAAAAGGGGCCAAGCUGUGAUUGCUGGAUUCAAGAAGGACGGCCAGCAGCUGUACAGCCCGGCGCCUCCCACCAACUCUACCGCAUAAAUUAUGUAUAAAGAUAACAUCGAUGAUAGCGAACCUGGACAUUAGAAUAUGGCUAGAAAUAAUAUCUAAUUGAUAAAUGCUAAUAUAUUGGUCAGUCAUUGCAUGGAUC